AGUGAGCGGAUGAUCAGGAGCUUCACAUAGAAGAGAGGCAGCAACAAACAGGGAGACUAUCGCUAUCAAACCCCGGACCUCAGCUCCCUAAAUCUGUAUUCAUCCUUGGCCGUUUCAAGUUCCCCCGCAUCGAAACCAGCGAGAGCAGAAAGUACGCACUUGAGGCUUUCUAACGAGCACAUUAUUACACCUGUGUGAGGUUUAUAUCGUUUAAAAACAAGUGGCGAAAGAUUCCUGGAGCGGACGCGACCCAGAGAGGACACAGAAGACAGUUCGUCGCUUGAGGACAGCGCUCAGUGUUCGAUGUUUUUCGUGUUUAAACCUUUAAACACUCUUGAACUUUUACACUGAACAUUUUUUUAAAACAUUUUGGAGCUAGCGAGUGCGCUUGCUAGCCAACCACAGCUGGUCAGAAAUGGAGUUAAGAGUGGGAAACCGAUACAGACUGGGCAGGAAGAUUGGAAGUGGAUCAUUUGGAGACAUCUACUUGGGCACUGAUAUCUCAGUUGGAGAGGAGGUCGCCAUCAAACUGGAAUGUGUGAAGACCAAACACCCACAGCUCCACAUAGAGAGCAAAAUCUACAAGAUGAUGCAGGGUGGAGUGGGUAUUCCAACAAUAAAGUGGUGUGGAGCUGAGGGUGACUAUAACGUGAUGGUGAUGGAGCUGCUGGGGCCCAGUCUGGAGGAUCUGUUCAACUUCUGCUCACGGAAGUUCAGCCUCAAAACAGUCCUGCUGCUCGCUGACCAGAUGAUCAGCCGCAUUGAAUACAUCCACUCCAAGAACUUCAUCCACAGAGACGUGAAGCCCGACAACUUCCUCAUGGGUCUGGGUAAGAAAGGCAACCUGGUUUACAUCAUCGACUUUGGCCUGGCCAAGAAGUACCGCGACGCCCGCACACACCAGCACAUCCCGUACCGCGAGAACAAGAACCUGACCGGCACGGCCCGCUACGCCUCCAUAAACACACACCUGGGCAUUGAACAGUCCAGACGGGACGACUUGGAGUCGCUGGGUUACGUCCUCAUGUACUUCAACCUGGGCUCUCUGCCCUGGCAAGGCCUCAAAGCAGCCACCAAGAGGCAGAAGUACGAACGCAUCAGCGAGAAGAAAAUGUCCACGCCCAUCGAGGUCCUCUGCAAAGGCUACCCAUCCGAGUUUGCCACCUACUUGAACUUCUGUCGUUCUCUGCGCUUCGACGACAAACCCGACUACUCGUAUCUCCGCCAGCUCUUCAGGAACCUCUUCCACAGACAGGGCUUCUCCUACGACUACGUCUUUGACUGGAACAUGCUCAAGUUUGGAGCCAACAGAGCCGCAGAGGACGCCGAGCGGGAACGCCGAGAGCGGGAAGAGAGGAUGAGGCACAGCAGGAAUCCUGGAGCCAGAGGCAUGGCAUCAGCCUCAGGAAGAGCCAGGGCCACUCAGGAAGUCACAGCACCCUCCCCACUGAACCCCACGUCACACACAGGUUUAGAGAAAGAGCGAAAAGUGAGCAUGCGUCUUCAUCGUGGAGCACCUGUCAACAUCUCAUCCUCAGACCUGACGGGGCGCCAGGACGCAUCCCGCAUGUCCACCUCCCAGGCUCUGUCCCGAGUCACGCCCAGCGGCCUCCAGUCUGCAGCUCCACGGUGAAGUCCUCAAACCCACCACUGCACCAUGGAGGCCUCAACAUGCAACACACACACACACACACACAGACACACACACACACACAGACACUUUCAUAGACACACAGACACAUAUACACUGGACUCUUGAAUGAUGCAGAAGACUACCAACCAAUGCACAAGAGUCUGGCUGAACUCUUGUUCACUCAACAGACAGUCACACCACCACCACAGGUGUGUUUGUGUGUGUGAUGGAGAGAGACGGGCGGGUGGAGUCAGUCUGGUUGCCUUAACCACCUUGGCAAAGUCGCAGCCAUUGUCUCCCUACUUCUUCUUCUUUUCCUCCUUCUUCUUCUUCUUCGUCUUCUUCUUCUUCUUCUUCUUCUGCUGUGGAAGUUGUGGGAACUCUCCGCUCUCCUCGCCCUCGCUGUUGCUGAAGCCAUGGAUCCGUUUUUAUUUGGCGUCAUGUUUGUUUCUGUUUUUUAAUUUUGGUUUUUACUCAUUUUUAUUCUUCUAUGAUUAAACUUCCUCUCACACCCGCUCCACUCGUCAGACUUUCCGAGCUUUUGAAAAAGGAGAACGAGUCUCUUACUUAACUGAAAAUUGAUUGUGGGACAUUUUUUAAAAAAGAAGGUGCAUGAUCCAUCGUGGCAGUGUUAAAGCACAGUGCCUACGCUCCAUUUGUCCUGAAAGACACUUUUAAAUAUCACAAGUCAACAUUUUCCUUUACUUUUUUUUCUUCUUAAGUGUUUGAGGUUUAAAUUUUAAAGGCAGUUUUUAAGAUGGGGCAAAAGCUCCCGUUCAUGUGCGUUUUCCCCCGGCUGACGGCAGAGUGCGGGUGCGCUUGUCGUCCUCAGGUGCGUCGUGAAGCAGGAUGUUUCCUUUUAUGUUCCUCAGGUCGUGACGACAGCGCGCCGCUGCUCGACAAAGCUGUGAAUGGAACGGUGUCAUGGAUCUGUCCACGCUGAGCGGAUGACAUGUUGGUUUUAGUGCAUAGUGACGUGGUUUUCGUGUGUGUUUGUGUGGUUCUGUCGUAGGGUUGUGCGAGCUCAGGGCGGGCGGGGUGGGGGUGAGUGUACACACACACACACACACACGUAUACAAAUACAUAUAUAUAUAUAUAUAGUCUUUUCCAAUGUAACGAUACUCGCUGCAGUUUCCAGCUUUACAAAAGUAGAACACAAUAGAAUCAUGUGCAUGAUUAUUUUCAGACACAGCCAAGUGUUCCUCGGAGAGUUCAGUGCUUCUCACCUCGCCCUGAACUACAGGAGCUUCAGGUUGGUCAGGUUGAGGUGACACGUCCUUGAAAACAAAUACAACGGAAGGCGCCGUCUUUCACGGUUCUAUGAAAAGUCGUCUUCUCGUUCUCUGGAGCUGCUUUCACUUAAAAACUUGCGUUAUGGAAUAUGUAGCAUCUCGUGUUUGUGGAGCUCAAACUGUACGAGCUUUGGUUCGCCUCGAUUUUGACCGUUGUUCUUUUGAUCUGUCAUCGCAGACUCAAAGAGGACAAUCUGAGAAAGAUUCCCUCAGACUGAGCUUCAGAACAUCAUUGGUGAACUCUCGCGGGUACAAUAACAAAAACAAGCGCCGUUCCCCUGUAACUGUGCUCUGAAAGGAAAUUCCACUCUUUUCAGGUUUUAUUGAGGAUUUUCACAGCUGGAAUAGAAAGAGCCCUAAUAUGAGAGCGACAGAGGACUUUAGUAUUAGCUUGAUGUAACCAGUAGAAUUAAAGUGAAAGGGUAAGAUUUGACGUCUGUUUAAAGGAGGUUCUGUGAAGAGUGUGGCCGACUGUCGUCUUAACAAAGGAGGUUCACGGCCGACUGAGUCCACGUCCCGGGACUCCUCGGUGACUUCUCGUCUGGAGGAUACGUGACGUGAGCAGUCGACCAACACGACCAACCAAUCCUGCAGAUUAUGUAGAACUUUCUUGAUCUGGUAGAAAUAAAGUAUGGUGUGGUAAAUAUGGCCAUUUUGUGUAGCUGAGGGGGAAAUGGGUUGUAGUGCUAUUUUGUACAUGUAUGUUCUGUUGUUGUGUAUCGGAUGUGCCCGCUCCGUCUGCACCUGUGCAGUUUGGGACGAUGCUGAUGUCGACGGUGUACGAUGGGUCUGGUCGUCUGCUAAUAAUACUUCACUCCUGUUUCUUAAAUGUACUUUCACCCGUGGGCUUGAAAAACAACAAACCAAAAAAAACAAAACAAUGAUCAUGAUUGAUUGAUUAACUUAUUUGUCUCACUGAUGAUGGCUUUGUUAAAUGCAAGUACACUUUUCACGGGCUCGUCGUUGACUUUGUCGGUCUGCAUUACUCACUUAUUCCUUCUCUCUGUCACCACCUGUGCAAUUUGUUUUACCUGUGCAGCGGAGACGAUGCUCCAUGUCCCUCAAAGCAUCGCUUCACUGUGGAUCAUUGGGAAAUCUUUCUUUCCACUCCCACUUUAUGACUUUUGCUCCUCACUUGUAAUACCACUGUAUUUGUGUAUUUUAAGAUUGUGUAAAUAAAUUAAUAAGUACUUGUA